GCGGGAGCAGGGAGUAUUAUGGGCUGUGGGUGCCGCUGAGCAAGAUGGAGCUGUCUGCAGUGGGCGAGCGGGUCUUCGCGGCCGAAUCCAUCAUCAAACGGCGGAUCCGAAAGGGGCGCAUCGAGUACCUGGUGAAAUGGAAGGGGUGGGCCAUCAAGUACAGUACUUGGGAGCCCGAAGAGAACAUCCUGGACUCGCGGCUUAUUGCAGCCUUCGAGCAGAAGGAGAGGGAGCGUGAGCUGUAUGGGCCCAAGAAGAGGGGACCCAAACCCAAAACUUUCCUCCUGAAGGCGCGGGCCCAGGCCGAGGCUCUCCGCAUCAGUGAUGUGCAUUUCUCUGUCAAGCCGAGUGCCAGCGCCUCCUCGCCCAAGCUGCACUCCAGCGCCGCCGUGCACCGGCUCAAGAAGGACAUCCGCCGCUGCCACCGCAUGUCCCGCCGCCCCCUGCCCCGCCCAGACCCCCAGGGGGGCAGCCCUGGCCUGCGCCCUCCCAUCUCGCCUUUCUCUGAAACCGUGCGCAUCAUCAAUCGCAAGGUGAAGCCGCGGGAGCCCAAACGGAACCGCAUCAUCUUGAACCUGAAGGUCAUCGACAAGGGCACAGGUGGCGGGGGCUCCGGGCAGGGGGCUGGAAACCUCGCCCGCCCCAAAGUCCCCUCGAGGAACCGUGUCAUCGGCAAGAGCAAGAAGUUCAGCGAGAGCAUCCUGCGCACGCAGAUCCGCCACAUGAAGUUUGGGGCCUUCGCUCUGUACAAUAAGCCUCCACCUGGCCCCGUGUCACCCCCGCCAACUGGCAAGGCCGACAUUGCUGCCUCCACGGCCCCAGGGCUGCUCCUGGCAGCCCCUGCUACUCCCUACGAUGCCCGAAGCUCCAGCUCCUCCACCUGCCCCUCGCCAGCACCACAGCCCUCCGACCCUGACGACGUGCCCCCCAAGCUGCUCCCGGAGACCGUGAGCCCAUCUGCCCCCGACUGGCGGGAGCCCGAGGUGCUCGACCUGUCCAUCUCUCCAGAGACGGCAGCCACCAGCAAGCAGGCAUCUCCCGACGUCACUGCUGCUGCCAGCCAGGCACUUACCAUGGCCCCCGAUCCUGCUGGCACCUCCUCCGAGCCCGGGGACUGGCGCCCCGAGAUGUCACCCUGCUCCAAUGUGGUCGUCACUGAUGUCACCAGCAACCUCCUGACGGUCACUAUCAAGGAAUUCUGCAACCCUGAGGAUUUCGAGAAGGUGGCUGCUGGGGUGGCAGGUGCUGCAGGUGGGGUUGGCAGCUGUGGAGCAAGCAAGUGAGGGGGCUCCACCAAGAAGGGGACUUUGGAGGGAAGCACCCCUUUCCAAAGUCAUACUCUUGUUCCUGUCCCCGCCCUCACACACCUGCCUGUGCUUCGCUUGUUUCAGAUGGCUUGGUGUUGACCCCGGGAUGGGGUUGGGCAGUUGGAGCCCCCUAAAGCCCAGUGGGGGUCAGUCUGGACCGGAUUAGGGCUGAGGUGGGGCGAGGGCACUGGGAAGUCCUCCCUUGUCUCUUGGCACCCUUCCUGCCCAUGCACAGUGGGGCCCACCGAGUGGCUCCUGGGGUUCAGCUGCCCCUUCCACAUCCCGCCCUGUUUCCCCCCAGCUUGCUUCCGGCUCUCGUGCACAGCAUCUGGUUUCUCGGUGCUACCCGGGCAGCUGCAGGCCCCGUAGGAGCCCCUCCCAGCGCGGGCACCGUCCCUCUCCUUCCUCCAGCUGCCUGGGCAGGAGGGGCAGGGAUGGCAGAGCCCAGGCAGGUGGAGGUGAGGCCCGCCACGCCCCUUCCUCCACGUCGACAAGGUGGCAGGGCCUAGAGGUACGGGUCUUCCCGUCCACUCUUGGAGGAGACCCAAGCAGCCCCCCUGAGGCCCCACCCCACCCCAUCUCUUUACUAAUCCCUGUCUGGACGGUAGGAAGAGCUGGCAGGGAUCCUAACCUGCCACAGCCUCCCGGCAUCUAAAGGCCCCUUCAGUUCUUGACCAAAGGUGCUACAAGAACCUGCUGUGGAAACUUCCAGCUGUGCGUGUGCGUCUGCCACCCCCUGGCGUGUUCGUGUGUGUGUGUCCGUCUGUGCAUUGGACACUCAGUCCAGGCUCUCCAGGCGACACCCUUUAGGGUCCUCGGAAUAGGGUCCCUGGAGGCCUGGACCUUCCCUUGUGGUCACCUGGGCCUGCGGAGGCCACCGGAUCGGUCCUCCAGGCCCAGGUGUGCCGGGGCAUGCCGCACCCCCACACCCUUCCCCUUUGGGGUGGUCAUUCUGACCCGCUGGGCCUUCAGUGGCUGCUCACAUGGCAUGGUGGGCAAUGAAGUAGAGAAAGGAGACCCCCGCCCCAGGCUUCCCGUUCUUCCUGGGUGUUUUGAGGGAAGGCGGAAGCUUGGAAACUUCCUGAGGGUCUCUGGCUCCUCUCGCCCCCUCUCUUUCGCUUCCCAGGGCCGAGGCCUCUUCACAGCCCAGCCUGCUCGAAGCAGCGGAAGGGCUCGGCCGUCCUGGGCAGCUUCGCUUUCCCUCCACUGCCAGGAGCUGAGGCAUCCAUGCCAGUGACAGAGACCAAAGCCCCAGGUUUAGGCUGGGCACUGGGAGGGUGGGAGGCCAGAGUGGGGGCACUGCAGAGCAGCCCGUGUUCUUCAGGGGAGCACAGGGCUGCAGUGCCUGCGCCUGCUGCACCGUGGGAGGCAGCGUUGGGCGGGGGGCGGGGGGGGGCAGUCCUGGGCCGCUGUCCCCGGCAGUGGGGCAUGAGCGGUGUGUCCCCGUGCGAGGCGCAGCGGAGCUCCCUGGUGUGUGCAGCAACAGGCGUCUCGGUUCUGAAGCAUGAUGACAGAUGGUAGGAGGAGGCAGCAAGGGGGUCCAGUUAGGGAACAAAUGCCUUUGUCCUAAGCGUGGAAGGACUCUUCUUCCAAACCUCCCACCAGGGGCUGCAGCCUGGCCCCUGUCCCUCCCCACCCUAGGAUGUAGAACAAGGGCCCUCACAGUGUUUGGGGGGCUGGCACUCCCGGACCCCUCCCCACCUGCCCUUUGUGUUGGCUCUGUGGCCGUCCAAGUGCCAAUUGGCUUCCCCCCAAAUAAGGGCUGGUGUUUCUCCUCUGUCCUUAGAGGUGAUCCUCCCUACCCCGACCCCUCACCCCAGGUGAGCGACCACCUGGAUGCCAGUUACAGGUGUUUCCAGAGACCAUAGAAAUGUGUUUUCCUGAGAGUCUGUGUCAUUCGUGACUUUUUUUGUAAAGAAGUUGUGUUUUCAGAGGUGAUUUUAUGACAGGAAAGUGAAAGAAUUAGUUUUGCAAAAAACAAAAAAAAAAGAGGAAAAAAAAAUACUGUGGGAUUCCUAUGGGGUGGGGGGGGGUGGGGAGAAAGAUAUUUAAAGAAAAACUAGUAACGCAGUGAUUGCACAGGUGAGGUGGCAAUGUUAGGGACAGGCAUGGAGGCCCAGGCCCGGCUGGCGGGUCCCCAGGGUUGUGGCCGGCUGUCUUCCUUGUGCAAGACAGAGUGAGCCCUCCCUCCUGUCCUGGGCCUAGACUUCACACCUGUCCUCGCUCAAAGGAAAGGAUGACAGCCGGUUCCAAGGGAACUAGCCAGAAGCUGCAGGGGCUCAAGCAGAUGGAGCUGAGAUUUGGGGAGGUGGGGUCAGCGGGGGUCCCACUGUCAGUGACUCCAGGAAGGCUGGUGAGUGGGUGCAGUUGGGUUUCUGGCUGUCCUUCGUUCUUUUGGCAGCUUGUUGGGCCAUCUGGUCCUUACUACCGCCACUCCGUGGGGGACAUCUCCCUCCCCAUCACCCCGAAGACCAUAACCCCCCUGAGCUUCCCUGGCCAGAUAGGAAAUGCAGGCUUCAGGAAGACAGGAGCUGUGGACUCUGGGAGAAUCUUAGGUGGCGACCAGGAAGGGCUGGCGGUAACCGUAGGGAGAAGGGAGUGCCUGCCUCUCUUUCCACGGGCUGGCGGGUUGUGCCCCCACCCCCCAGACGUGCAGACCCCACCCUGCCUCAGUGCGUGUAGAGGGCACGCGUGCACACUGCUCUGAGGCAGACAGCUCCCCAGAGGGCCAAGGGCGUGGGGUCAAGAGCAAUCAGCCCUCCUUACCUCUCCUAGGGCGGCUUGGAAUGGGAGCCCAGAAGCCUCCGCCCCACACACUCUUGCACGGUCAGCCUCCCGUGGGCCCUUUCCCCUUGCUGCUUUUCCGUUUGCCUAAUUACCAAGCAGAAGUUGCAGUCCGGUUUGCUUUAUUUUUGUAUGUGAAAUAUCCCCAUAGCCCUGUCUCCCGUGUUCAUUAUUGGUUGGGGCAUUGUUCAUCCCCGCUUAAUGCCACCCCUCCGUACCCAUGUGUCAUAGGAAGCAGGUGAGGUCUGGUGUCUGAGACGAGAAAAGACCCAUCCCUGUCUCGGUCUCCCCUCUGACCCUCAGUUCGCCCCCUCUGAAGUGGGUGUAUCGGGUGGCAAGGCCUCUUCGUUCAGCGCUGCUGCUGUCCGGGCAGCUGCCGAGGAUUAGGUGGUGGUGGGGAUGGCUGGCGCGGGGCCUCCAGACCCCCACAGCCUCCCAUAGCCCCCUUUCUCAUCCUGCAAAGAGGACAGGGUCAAAAUGAGCUCCAUCCUUCCACUGCUCUGGAAAGAGGUGACGACCAAGUCCCCAGCCUCAGCGUGAGGUGGGCAGAGUGGGAGGGGUCACCCCAUUUAAGAUAAGGAAACUUGACCCUGAGAGGCAGAGCUGCUUCGCUGGGGUGAAGAGCCCACCCAGCUGCUCUGGCCUGUGACCUUUUUAAAGUCCCUUUAAGAGGUGGGGCCCAGGGCCCUGGAGUUACCACAAAGCUGGCAGGCCACCCCUGAGCCAGGCAUUCCUUGGUCAGGGGUCAGUCCAGAGUAGGGAACAGUGGUGGGGGGAGGGGGUGUGUGCUGGCACCAGCCUUUCUAGCCUCUGUGGGGACCCAAGUGAACGUACCACCUUUCCCACCUUUUUGGGUUUUGGGGGUUAUUUUUGUUUUUUUGUUGGUGGUGGUUUUUUUUGUUUUUUUGGUUUUUUUUUUUGCACUUGGCCCAUGCCAGACAGUGGAGCCUAUUGGUUCCACUUUUGGGCUCCCAUGCACUAGCCCAAGGCAGCCUCUUGGAGGCUUGUAUGGUUUAAGGAAUCACUUUUAAAAAGAAGAAAAAAAGUGUUUAAGGGUUUUUGUUUUUUCUCUGUCUGUAUCUCCUCUCAGAUUCAGAGAGCCCAAAAUUAGGGGCUAAAACUCCACGAGAGUCUCCCCAGCUUGACCCAUCUUGCCAGAUGGGACAGGUUAGGUGAAGACUGAGGACCCCACCUUCCAGGCCUGCAGGGUCCUCCCCACCCCGAAGGAGUCAGCACCCCACUCCCAACAGUGAGCGAGCGCCUACUGUGUGCAGUGCUUCCACUAGGCAAAAGGGCUGAUGGUCUAACGGGGGACCCUUCGCAAGAGGCCAGGGUGGAAGGAACGAGGCGUUUGGGCCGGCCCCUGCUGUUGGCCGGAGUGCAGAUGGAGACUUCUUUUUGUUGAUUUUAAUUUAAAAACACAAAGGCCUAAAGAAAUGUAUCUUAUAAUUUUUUUAAUUUUUGAAAAGCUCAUUUAGUGAAUUGUGCACGAAUGAAUUCUAUAUAUAUAAAAUAUACAUAUAUAGCUCUAUAUUUGGGGAGGGCACUGUCUGUUUUCUCUUUCUCAUUUUAAAAAUGAAGUGUCGUUGCCUUUGUCUGUGGUUCAACCAUCCAGCUCCCAGCUGGCUAAACUUCGCCUCCAGUGGUUAAAGAUAGGAAGCUAGGUCGGCAGGAAAGGAAGUGGACAGGCCGCCCCAGCCUGAGGAGGUCCCCGUCCCCAGAGACUGCGGGUGGAAAAGACGGCUUGUUUCGCGUGUGGGUUUUGGUUCUGUUCUGGAUUCGGUUCGUUUCCGGGCCGGGGGAGGGGGGUUCGUGCCGAUUACUCUCGUCUUGUAUGUUUUGUUCUGCUGCUCUUCAAUAUUGUAUCAAUGCCAGGAAGGGGGAGUAAGAAGCUUCUUUUGCCCCCCAAUAAAUUGUCACAUUCCGAA